AAAUGUCUUGUUUAUGUAAUUAUUGUAUUACAUUAAUUUAUUUGUAUUUGCUUCGCAUGAUGGAUCGUUGUUAUGCGACCGGUUUGUUUUACAAAAGCGAUAAAUACCGCGUCGCGGCCCGCCGGCCCGGGCCAUUGAUCCGCCGAGAAUCCUGUUGUCCGCGCGCGAUCCCAACUUUCACUUUUCCAUUGUUUUAUUACGUACUACUACGACGCUGAACGCUCGUUGCGUUCGUUUAAUCACGGAAAUGUUGCGGUCCAGAUCGAUGGACUAGAUCGCAUUGCUGCUAUAUGGGAGCGACCGCCGACGAUACCACCACACCGUAUCCUCGUUCCGGAUGGCCUGCGUACGAUAUCGCGAUUGCGAUCGCAGUUUCCGCGCUCGUUCUCACGAAUCACGCAAAUUCUUACGAUACCGAAACCAGCACUCAAUUUAUUCCAAUUUCGACAUAUCCUCCGGACCAAUUCUCUUUUUUUUCUGUCGUGCGAUACAUUCCUUCUAUCCCUCUUCUAAAAGUCGAAAAUAUAAAGAUCCGAGGAAAAAAAUAAAUAAAUUUACGGAGUAAAAGAGUUUGAAAUCGCAGGGUAGGCUAUAAGUGAGAGUUUGACGUUACGGGGAAAAGUACGGAAUCAUUCGAACGGAUCGAGAUGAGAAAAAAGUGCGGAGAAAAUAAGUGAGGACAUCGGGCGAGCGAAGCAGGUUCGUGUAACACGCUAAUCGGGCGAUUUAACCGCAAAAUUCAUGGGGGAGGAGGAGGAAAAAGAAAAAAGAAUUAAAACGCGGAGAAAGACGAGGGCGGGCAGGACAAAAAUCGUUAUAAAUUGAAGGAUAUCUGUCGCGGAGCGUUCAUUUUAUUUCGUUGCCCGGAGUGGGCUGGCCAACGAAUCGCCCGUAACCAUUCAAUCGCGAUGACUACGAUAUUUAUGAAAAAACUGAUGUUUUGGCUGACGGUGUCGCUCGUAUGGUUGUUGGGAGUCGAGGCUACCGCGAUUGGCAGCCGAUCAUUCGAUCAACCACGAAAAGAUUCAUCGUUAGCAAAGGAAUACCGACGUUUCGGAGAUUCCAGCGGCGGCUCGAUGAGUGCGACGAGCAGCAGACUGGCUCGAGAUAUUUCGGGGGAAGAUUAUUCGUCGGGCACUGAACAACAAUUAGCCGGUUAUCGUUUCGGCGAUGAAUUCUUCAAUGAUCCAUCGGGCGAGACGGUGGCGCAGCAGGCAACCAAAACUGAAAUCUCGGGGAGCGAGGCUGGAAAAAAAGUGGAUGGCUGCGAACGCGUCGUUAAAGAUUCGAUGAUAUGCAUGGUAUGCCAAGAUCCAAAAACACGCUCAAAGUACGAACAGUGCUCGUACGUUGCACGGCCGCAAGGAACAAUCAAGACGUAUGGAAGUUCUCGUCGUUACAACAAGGAGGAUGAGGGAAGCAUACCGUCCGAGCGACGACGUUAUAGCAAUGACGAUUCGGACGAAACGACGACGACGACGACGACGACGACACCGUUCGGCCGACGAUACGCGAUCCAAAAUUCCGCUGAGACCUUGACAACGACCCCCCUCCUAUCUCCUAACCCUCGAUACGCCGGAGCAGAUGAAUCAUCCGAAAUCCCGAGGUAUUACGAACAAGCGGAAGAUGAUAAAUCUUUCUCUAACGACAAAAUCAGGAAUCAUCCGGAGAAUGAAUACGACGACGAUCGGGUCGGUAAACUGUCUUACGAGCAGACCGCCAAUACUCGACCUAUAGCAAGUGCUAGCCUGAAAAAAUUAACUAACGAUGAAGAGAUCAGCAGCGGUGGUGAAAAACAAGGAAAUUGCCGCAAGGUUAUAAAAGACUCUAUGACCUGUACAAUCUGUAAUGAUCCGAGUAACGGUGGAAAUUUUGAAAAAUGCUCUUAUCGCCAUCAGCCGAACGACAGACUUUACAAAUACAGCAAAUCCAAGAGUUUCGGUUAUCCAGGCAGCUCGGCCUCACCUGCUGCUCAGGAAAGUAAACGAGUUGAUAAAAUUGCCGAUUCCAAACCAAGUAAAAAUUAUCGAUGUCAGAGUGUUCCCAAAAAUUCAUCGACCAUAUGUAAGAUUUGCCAAGAUUCUGUAACUGGCGCGAAAUCCGAACAAUGCGAAUAUAACCUCAAACCCUCAAAACGUCAAAGUCUUCGAACUAUCGACUCUACUAAUACUACGACGUCACCAUAAAUCUAGCUGUGUCUAGCCUAACCAAUGCUAUACUUUUGUCUACUCUAAUGCAUAUGUAAUGAUUUUUUUUUUUUUCUUCUUUUAUAUAGUAAAUAAACAACAUUUAUAAAUUUUCUUUUCAAACGAAAAUCUUUUCAAAUAAAUCUAUAUAUAGAAAAUAAUAAUGUGCCGGUUGGUUGUGAAGAGAACGCGUGAUGUUUCGAUGCACAUGCGCUUCAUUUUUUCAUACAUCAUCACGAACCAAAACGAACAAAAAUUUUCCGCGUCAAUGCGAUUUGGUUAAAAUUUACCACGGUAUCUUCAAUAAUUAUAUGUUUCACAUCACAAUUCAAAAAAUAAUGGUGUUACUGCGGUGUUGUUUCAAUAACAAACGAAAACGGGGGGACGUGGCGAGUGUGGCGACGACCCCGCAACGCGCGAGAGCAACGAGAGUAAAACCGUGAGGCAGCGCAUAAUAUCGUCGUCGAGGAGAAGAGAGCAGCCACCGAAAAGGAGCAUUGCCAAUUUAAGAUAAGAAAAUAUUAGAUACAAUAUGAUACUGUGAAACGAAGCGCACAAGCGCAAAAGAUUGUUUAUAGCAAGACUGUGGCGUUCCGAAGCUUCUCAAUCUCACCGCUACGCGGUCAAACCUUUGAGGCAGUCUUUCGUCAUAAAAACAGUUGGUUAGCCUUGUAGUUAGGGAACUGGCGAGCAAAAUUUUUAUAUGAUUAGCUCACGUGGCAGACGUUAUUGAUAGCGAUAAUUAUACCCUAAGAAGCAUUAAUAAGGAACGCGUCUGCCAUCAUGACAGCGCUUCGAAAUUGUUAAAAAAAGAGGGGCGGGGGUACCAAAUCAUUUGCACAUGUCUGCCCUCAGGGGCUCUGAUGGUCACAAUAAUCCUGUAAAUGAAUAAAAUCGAAGAGACAUGGGGCAAAGUGGCCACCCACUUUUUCGGGGCAUUUUUGAAUUCUGGGGCAAAGUAGCCACUCACGGAAUUCCGAUUUCUGGGGCACAGGAUCAGUGAGAAUUCUAUGUUUUCUGAAAAAUUUAUAUAGCUAUUCGAGGCAGAGGGUGAGAAUCAUUUUGUGAAUUACUGAUAAUUUUUUUUUUUUUCCACGGGGUUUUGCCACGGGUAAUGGUAAAAUUUAUCCAAGUAUUUCGACUAAUUUUUUUUUUUUUCAUCCUAUCGAAGGAGGGUCCCUACUAUGCCUCGUUUCUUUUUGUUUUAUCGCAGCCUUCAAUGUUCCUUGCGGAAACAGUCAAUUACAACGUCUAUUUAACGAGAAGCGACAAUUAUCGAUUUUCACCGCAUUUGA